AUGACAAAAAAAGAUAAGCAAUUAAAAAUAGUUAUUUAUGGUUAUGAUGCGACUACUACGGAAGAGGCUACUCGUUUAGUUAGCGAACAAGUUUCCCGACUUAAAUUAGAUUUCAGUGGUCCUGUUCCUUUACCCACUAAACGAAAAUUUAUUACCGUGCCAAUUUCUCCCCACAAGCAUAAAGAUUCCCAAGAGCAAUUUAACCAGCAAAUACACCGGCGGGCAAUUCACAUUUUCAACAUUUCACCCAAUGAAUUAAAAGUAUUGGCCAAUUUAAAGGAAGAGAAAAUACGAUUAAAAAAAUUGGUUCGCGACCAAAAAAACCAAGAAAAAAAAGUUAAAGACCACGAGGAAAGUUUAAAACUAGCUAAUCAAAAACUAACCGCUAGUAUCGAAAAACUUAAACUGGCGGAAGAGAAGUUACACCAAGAGGAAAAAAGGGUGGAAAACUUUGCUAGUCAAUUAUUUCGCAAAGAAGAAUUGUUUACCCAACAACUCCUUGCUACUUCGCAACGAGAAAAAGAAAUCCAAACCGAGGCAGAAAAAGUUAAAAAAAUAAAAGGUCAAGUGUGCGAUGAAUUAGAAAAAUUAAUUCCCAUGAGUAGCGAAGAAGCCAAAAAAAAAUUGUUUUCCUUAUUAAGAGAAGAAAUAAAUCUAGGAUUAGAAAGAUACAAAGAAGAAAAAAUUAAGCAGAUAGAGGGAAAAGUCAAAGAAGAGAGCACCAAAAUUAUUUGUCUGGCCUUAGAAAAAUAUAGUUCCGAAUUAGUUUUCUCCCGCACCACCGAUACUUUAUCCGUGGAAAAUCGCCAAAUAAUUAGCAAGAUAAUCGGGAAAGAAGGCCGUAAUAUUAACGCUUUUCGGCGGGUUACUGGUACAGAAUUGCUUAUUGACCGCGAAACUGAUGAUUUAACCGUCCAAAUCUCUUCUUUCAACUCUUUACGGCGAGCAAUAGCCUGCCAAACUUUACUGACUUUAAUUAGUGAAGAAAGGUUUUCUCCCGCCCACAUCGAAAAAACUUACCAAAAAGUAAAAUUAGAAGUUAACGAACUUAUUAGCAAAACUGGUAAAGAAGUAGUAAGAGAAUUAGAGCUAACUGGACUUCAUCCGGAAUUGGUUAAGCAUUUAGGCAAACUAAAAUACCGCACCAGUUAUGGUCAAAAUGUGUUAGAGCAUUGUUUAGAAGUAGCCAAAUUAGCUGUGAGUAUUGCCGCAGAAUUAGAUUUGGAAGUUUUGUUAGCACGCCGGGCUGGUUUGCUCCAUGACAUUGGCAAAGCUAUUGAGGACAACAGCGGUUAUUCACAUGUGGCAAGUGGUAUUAGUUUAGCUAAAAAAUAUAAGGAAUCCGACAUAGUUAUUAACGCCAUUGCUGCUCACCACCGGGAUUUUCCGGCUAAUAAUCUUUAUUCUUUAAUUGUUGUCGCUGCAGACAAAUUAUCCGCUGCUCGACCCGGAACCCGGGGCUACCAAUUAGAAGCCUAUGUUGAGCGAAUGAGUAAUUUAGAAAAUAUUGCUAAUGAGUUCGCCGGUAUCAAAAAAAGUUAUGCUUUUCAAGCGGGACGAGAAAUUUGGGUCAUCGCUGAUGCGGAAAAACUGAAUGAUUAUCAAACUUGGGAAAUCUCCCGCCAAAUUAAAGAGAAAAUCAAAAAAAAUAUUAUUAUUCUGGGGGAAGAUAAAUAUAGCAAAUUAUUAAGAGAAGCCGACCUGUUUUUUUACGGGACAACCAAAGGUAGUUUUAUUUUGCCACCUCGUGGUUAUGCUUUGUGGCAAAAUAUACAAAAGGUGCUAGAUAAAAAAUUCGCCCCAAGAGGUGUUAAAAAUGUCCUUUUGCCAACUCUUAUUCCGCUAGAUUUAUUGGAAAAAGAAAAAAAACAUAUUGCUGGAUUUAGUCCCGAGUGCUUUUAUGUGGAAAAAGUAGGUGAAAAAAAACUAGAAAAUCCCUUAGUUUUGCGACCCACCAGCGAAGUGUUAUUUUAUGAUUGGUAUCGGCAAAUCCUUCAAAAAGGCCAUACCCUUCACUCUCACGGAGGGGAAGCGCGGCAAUUUGCUUUAAAUAUUUUGGCUGAUUAUCAAGACUAUGCUGAAAAUACGCUUUGUUUAGGAGUAAUAGUGGGGCAAAAAACCGAAGGUGAAAAGUUUGCUGGUGCCUUAGAAACUUACACGGUGGAAUGCCUACUGCCUGACGGGCAAUGUUUACAAUUAGCCACUAGUCACUAUUUUGGUGAUAAUUUUUGCCGCUUAAUGAAAAUAAAAUUUCAAAGCCAGGAUAAUCAAGCCCAACACCCUUUUUCGACUUCUUGGGGCACUUCUACGCGGGUCAUUGAAAUAAUUAGUGCAUUGGGUAAUGCUUACCGGUGCCAAUUAUAUGACAAGAAUAAACAAGUUAAUUUAAAUAUUCUUCAAGCCGAUAAAGAAGGUUGCCCGCUGAAAAUAAUUUUAGGAAAGGAAGAAUUAGAAAAAAAGGCAAUUGCUUUGGUCAGAAGAGAUAAUGUUGAAAGGAAAAUUACGAUUAAUAUAGAAAGCAGUGAAGUUGAAAAAAAAUUUCUGAUUGUCUUUGAAAAGUAUAUGGAGGAAUUGAGUGAACUUUAUAGUGAAAAAGUUCAAAAAGAGUUAGAAAAAAAAAAAGAAACUCCUACCGACUCAAUUAAAAAAGGAGAAAAAGCCGGGAAAAUUUUCAAAAUUGUUACCAAAGAAAUAGCCGAAUUGAAGAAAAAUCUUUACCAAAAAAGUGCUGAUUUUCGUGAUAAACAUAUUUUCUCAGUAAACAAUUUUGCUGAAUUAGAAAAAAAAAUCGCAACGGGGUUAUAG